AUUUUAUUCGGCAUUGGAGGUGAAUUAGAAGUUGUUAUUUUCUCACAUUAAUUAUGAUAAAUUCGUUUUAGAUCAGUAAAACUGCCUACAGGUUAGUAAUUUUAAGAAGUAUGGCUUUUUCUGCUACAACGCUCCGUAAUCAGCUUGCUGCACUAACGAACUCAUCCGGAAUUCAUAAAGAACAAGCAGACAAAUACCGUGCAUUGUUGGAUCAGAUAUUACUUAAUACUGGCAAUGAACUUGUGGAUACUUUGAAAUUGUUCAUUGAAGCAAUUGUCAAUGAGCAUGUAAGUCUUGUAAUCUCUCGACAGAUACUAUCUGAUGUGAGUUCUCAUUUAACCAAACUUCCGGAUGACAUAUCGAAAGCGGUAUCACAUUUCACUUUGGAUAAAGUACAACCUCGUGUAAUUUCAUUCGAGGAGCAAGUCGCUAGCAUUCGGCAACAUUUGGCACAGAUAUACGAACGUAAUCAGAAUUGGAAGGAAGCUGCCAAUGUUCUUGGUGGAAUACCACUUGAAACCGGACAAAAACCUUAUUCAUUAGAUUAUAAACUAGAGACGUAUUUGAAGAUCGCUAGAUUAUACUUAGAAGACGAGGACCCAGUUCAAGCCGAGGCAUUCAUUAAUCGUGCUUCUAUUCUUCAAGCGGAUACGAAAGAUGAAAAACUACAAAUAUUGUAUAAAGUUUGCUAUGCUCGAGUGUUGGAUUACCGUCGUAAAUUUAUUGAAGCUGCUCAACGCUACAACGAACUAUCCUAUCGCACUAUUGUCGAAGAAGGUGAACGCAUGACUGCAUUGAAAAAAGCACUUAUUUGUACCGUUCUUGCUUCGGCCGGCCAACAACGGUCCCGAAUGUUGGCUACUCUUUUCAAGGAUGAGCGUUGUCAACAUCUUCCUGCAUAUUCUAUCCUAGAGAAGAUGUACUUGGACCGCAUUAUUCGACGAUCGGAAUUGCAAGAUUUUGAAGCAUUACUCCAAGCUCAUCAGAAAGCUAGCACCAUUGAUGGUUCUACCAUCCUCGAUCGUGCGGUAUUCGAACACAAUCUGUUAUCUGCUAGUAAAUUAUACAACAACAUUACAUUUGAGGAACUGGGAUCACUGUUGGAAAUACCGCCUCAUAAGGCGGAAAGAAUUGCCAGUCAAAUGAUAACCGAAGGUCGUAUGAACGGCUAUAUUGAUCAAAUUGAUGGUGUCGUUCAUUUCGAAACACGUGAAAUACUACCGCAGUGGGACAAACAAAUCCAAAGCCUUUGCUAUCAAGUGAACGGAUUAAUUGAAAAAAUCAGUGCUGCUGAACCAGAAUGGAUUAACAAAAUAAUGGAUGAAGAUAUGUGCACCUGAAUAAGGAUGAACAAUUUUCGGAUUUAAAGAAGGUUUCUUCUAAACGGCAAAAAUAAUAAUCCUAAAUAAUGAGAAUAUAUAGAACUGUCCGCAGCAGUGAAUCGCAGAAUAAAAUUAAUCGUUUUUAUAAAACGUUUUUAAAAA